AUGGCAUCACAAAAUGAUUCUCCAAUUGUGCCUAUGAACUUUCCUGAAAGCAAACAAGGCUGUCAUGAGGAGCUUUGGAACAACCAGUAUAUGGCUGUCACUCCUAAGGAAAAGGAUAUUGAAUCAGCUAUCGACAUCUUGUUCCCAAAGUGGAGUGAACAGGAAGAGGUUGAAUGUGCUGGCGAUCUAUCCUUUGAGUUAUUAUUCAUGGCUAUGUGUCAGACCUUUGACCUCACCACUGUGGGCGGCUGGUUGAAAUUAUUGAAGAGGCUGAUUGUCAACAAAUCUCCUCCACGCAUCCAAAACAUACAGGUGCUGAGGUGCUACACGUCACUUAUUUUUGCGAACAGGGUCAACUUGAGCAUGGCCCUUCUAACUGGAGAGGAAUUUGUAUUUGCAUUGAAGCAACAAACAAUGUCUGCAGCUGAGAACUUGCUUCCAGAUAGAGGCCAAAAAGAAGUUUGUACUUCUUUCAGAUUGCUUAAGGACGACUUUGGACUGGAUUAUCCACGGCUAAAACGAUACAGCCAUCAACAGCGAGCUCUUAUUGCUGAAUCUUCAGAGUCCGCAUCUCUCAAAGAUUUUGUGAUGGAAAAUGCGUUGCGAAUAACGGAGAUCGGAUCUAAUUUUGUUGCUAAAGUCAACAAAAAGACAGAUCUGGACCAAUACACAAUUUACUUGCAAGAGAAUCAUGAAUUUGCUUUAAACCUGCUGUUGGAAGUUGUUGAAUACAACUCUCAAGUUUGGGCAAUUGUCAACUCACAUGUGAAAAGGUACUUGGUCCAGAACGGAAGAGAGGGUGGGGUAUAUGGCAAAGGAUAUCCUCCUCGUGAAGAAUUUCUCAAAAAGAUGAAGGCUAGCAGAUUCAAUGCUGCACCAUCAAGGAAAAAAGUAUAG